CGGCAGUGUAGCCAAACGGUCCAAAAUUCUAAAAUAAACCCUAGGCCAGCGAUAUAAGGAAGCAACCCUCGCUUAAAAAGAGAGGUGUAGAGAACCGGCGGAGCAGAGAAGAGCCAAUCCAAAAUGUCGAAGCGAGGAAGGGGAGGUAGUGCCGGGAACAAGUUCAGGAUGUCGCUGGGUUUACCUGUCGCAGCGACGGUGAACUGCGCUGACAACACUGGAGCCAAGAACCUCUACAUCAUUUCAGUGAAAGGAAUCAAAGGGCGUCUCAACAGGCUACCAUCGGCUUGUGUCGGUGACAUGGUCAUGGCCACCGUUAAGAAAGGAAAGCCCGAUUUGAGGAAGAAGGUGUUGCCAGCUGUCAUCGUCCGACAACGCAAGCCUUGGCGUAGAAAGGACGGGGUUUACAUGUACUUCGAAGAUAAUGCUGGUGUCAUUGUCAAUCCCAAGGGAGAAAUGAAAGGAUCUGCUAUCACUGGUCCCAUUGGAAAGGAAUGUGCUGAUCUGUGGCCUAGAAUUGCAAGUGCUGCUAAUGCUAUUGUCUGAAAGAUUUUCAUGGUUUUGUUUGCAAUUGUGGUUUUGAUGUUAUCUUUCUGUUAUUUUCCUUAUAAACAUGUUUUGAGAGGUUUUGAUCAAACAAUAGUAAAACUUAUUUUUUUUGUACUAAUUUCUUCUAUGGUGUUGCCACUAUUUUAGUAAUGCUUCCAUCAAUCUUUUUUUGGCUCGAGUAGAAGCAACAAAUUCCUGUCAAUGUCAUGCCUUGGAGCAUCACUAGUUGCACCUUGAAAUUUCUUGCUAUACCAAUUUGCAUAAUCACAAUGAUUUUCUUCAUCCAACAGCCUCAAAACUCGGGUACCUUUUAGUGGUUGAUAUUUGCCAUCGUCUGGGAUGACUCUGCAGGUCCCGUUGCAUUCUUGCAAGCCUAAGAGAAGAUUUGGUAUGGAAUGAUGAGCUCCCGGUUAACGGAUCAUUUUGUUUCGUUUCACCUUAAUAGUGGGUCUUGUUGUAUAAAUCAUUGCAUGAGUGAGCUCUUUGGAUAGAUGAUUAAAUUGGCAAGACUAAUGGUGUAAUCGAUUGAGUUUAAGUUGAUACAUUAUUAAGUUUAAGUUAGAGUUUAAUUUGAA